AUGAAGAUUACAGCUGUCGCGGCCGCGGCUCUGCUGGCUGGCAGUGCCUACGCCGACGAUGCCCAGAAGGUUCUGAGCGACGACAAGGCCUCUUCUGCCUCUGAGUCCGCUACCUCGGUCACUCCUCAGAUCCCUACCUUCACCCCUACCACCCUCAAGGCCCCCUUCCUUGAGCAGUUCACCGACGACUGGGAGCAGAGAUGGUCUCCUUCCCACGCCAAGAAGGACAGCAAGGACGAGGAGGAAUGGGCCUACGUUGGCGAGUGGGCUGUUGAGGAGCCCAAGGUCUACAAGGGCAUGGAGGGCGACAAGGGUCUUGUUGUCAAGAACCCCGCUGCUCACCACGCCAUCUCCGCCAAGUUCCCCAAGAAGAUUGACAACAAGGGCAAGACUCUCGUUGUCCAGUACGAGGUCAAGCUUCAGAAUGGCCUCGAGUGUGGUGGUGCUUACCUCAAGCUCCUCCGCGAGAACAAGGCUCUUCACUCCGAGGAGUUCUCCAACGCCACUCCCUAUGUGAUCAUGUUUGGUCCUGAUAAGUGCGGCCACACUAACAAGGUCCACUUCAUCUUCAACCACAAGAACCCCAAGACUGGCGAGUACGAGGAGAAGCACCUCAACUCUCCCCCCACCGCUCGCAUUGUCAAGACCACCGAGCUCUACACCCUCAUUGUUCACCCCAACAACACCUACAUCAUCCAGCAGAACGGCGACCAGGUCAAGACUGGCUCCCUUCUCGAGGACUUCACCCCCGCCGUCAACCCUCCCAAGGAGAUUGACGAUGCCAAGGACACUAAGCCUGAGGACUGGGUUGACGAGGCUCGCAUCGCUGACCCCGAGGCCAAGAAGCCCGAGGACUGGGAUGAGGAUGCCCCCUACGAGAUUGUCGACGAGGAGGCCACCAAGCCCGAGGACUGGCUCGAGGAGGAGCCUCUCACCAUUCCCGACCCUGAGGCCCAGAAGCCCGAGGACUGGGAUGACGAGGAGGACGGUGACUGGAUCGCCCCUACUGUCCCCAACCCCAAGUGCUCCGAGGCCUCUGGCUGCGGUCCCUGGAAGAAGCCCAUGAAGAAGAACCCCGACUACAAGGGCAAGUGGACUGCCCCCUACAUCGACAACCCUGCCUACAAGGGCGUCUGGGCUCCCCGCAAGAUCAAGAACCCCGACUACUACGAGGACAAGACCCCUGCCAACUUCGAGCCCAUGGGAGCUAUUGGCUUCGAGAUCUGGACCAUGCAGAGCGACAUCCUCUUCGACAACAUCUACAUUGGCCACUCCGUCGAGGAUGCCGCCAAGCUUGCCGAGGAGUCCUUCAAGGAGAAGCACCCCAUUGAGCAGCUCGCUGAGCUCUCUGACAAGCCCAAGGAGGCCGAGAAGCCCAAGUCCCCCAACGACCUGAAGUUCCUCGACGACCCCGUCCACUUCAUCAAGGAGAAGCUUGACCUCUUCAUCACCAUCGCCCAGAAGGACCCCAUUCAGGCCAUCAAGUUCGUCCCUGAGGUUGCCGGUGGUAUCGGUGCCCUUCUCGUCACCCUCAUCGCCAUCAUUGUCGGUCUUGCCAGCUCUGGUGGCGCUCCCCCUGCCGCUAAGAAGGCCGCCGCCGACGCCAAGGACAAGGCGAAGGAGGUCAAGGACAAGGCCACCAAGGCCGUCGCUUCUGGCGCCGACACCGCCAAGGAGGCCACCAAGCGCAACACCAGAAGCUCCUCGUAA